AUUAUCUACAGGUAAUUUUUUUAUUCUUUAAUCUAAUCUUGAACAUUUUUAUUAGUUUUAUUAUUUUUUUAAUUACUUUUAACAUUUUAAUUCGUUUACUGUGCAUGUUUAUGUUUAUUAUAUAUUCAAAUGUAGUUAUUUUUAUGCAGUUUUUAUUAUUAUUAUUAUUAUUAUUAUGAUUAUUACAUUUUUAUAAAAGGCUGAACUGCUUUCAGAUCAGUCUGUACAUAUUGGGUAAAUCCCAAAUGUGUGUUUCCUCCUUAUAAAAGUGCACUACGUGAAUAGUGCAUGAAAUAAUGGCUUCUACUCCCUAGCUAGUGCACUACAUGUCCAAUGAGAAGCCAUUUGAGAUUCCGCCGUUGAGAAGACGCUUGUCGUGAAGGAAACUCUAUCUGGCCAAUCAGCUUUGUUGUUGCUGCAGCACGCUGGGCCAGCCAGCCAAUCAACAUCAGCCUCUUUCACCAAACGCGGAAGUGCUAACAAUAACAAUGGCGAUUUCUAAAGCCGCAUGAUAACUAUACUAAAUAGUAACUUUAUGUCGAAAUACUGCUUAAAUGGAUCGAGUUAGUCAUGUAAACCGAAACCGGAUAUAUUUAUAAACCCGAAAAUAAUCUUAUGCAAAAGCGAAGUUAAUUUAAACAACUGAAAAUAAAGCUUGGAGCCAGAGCAUGUAUAGCGGUCUCCUUCCGAAGGGACUCAGUGAGGCUGAUCUGAGUCCUGAUGAGGAAGAGGAGAACACUCAGGACGAGAAGCAAAGCUCACGAACUACUACUGAAACCGAGAAAUGUCCUGAGGAGACAUCAUCAUCAUCAUCAUCAUCAUCAUCUCCUCCUGACAGCUGUUUGCCAGGAGUGUCUCAAGAUCUGUGGCAAAAAUUUCAAGACCUGCAGAAGGAAAGAGAGAUUCACAAGAAGGAUCAACCCCCGAUAAGGAAACGAGGGAAAAAACGCCGUAAGAAAGGUGGAGUUCUAACGCAGGCGGGUGACGCGGCAGACAAAAGGGAUGCUGAGGAGGUUCAGGUGAAGCACUGGGAAGAACUGACCCAGUAUUUCGGCACCAACGAUAGAUUCCAGCCCCCUGCCAGUAGCCGACCUUCGCCAAAGUCAGGCCUGGAAAAGAGCAUGGAGCGAGCCAUCGCCGAAGGGGAUUAUGGGAAGGCGGAGGAGCUGAGCGACCGGCUGGCUACUCGUGAGCUGGCUGUGAAAAUCGCACAAGCUGCCGACUGCCGCGACUUCACCCGAUCCAGACGGGAAGAGGAGGAUUCACGGGCAGCACGGAAAAAGAGGAAGCAGGUCGCAUGGGGCUUUGAAGCAAAGAAACGGUGGGAAACCAAAAGCAACAUGGGCUACAUGUGACGUUCCCAUAGAAAUAAGAAUUUUAGAUAUAUAUUUGAAUUCAUUUGCUUUUCUAUGGUGUUUCCAAUGGUGGUGAAAAACUGUACAUGGUUAGUUAAAUAAACGACUGAACCUUAACAUUAGCUUUGUGGUCUAAAUGUUCAUUUUGAGUUCUGUUAUGCUGUUUUCGUCCUAAUUAAAUCUGUGUGCCGUGUAUAGUUACCAGAAUAAGUGGGUUAAUCAGCAGCUCUCUGUUCUUUCAUGGCGGUAUGGAGCAGAGGAAGAGAGGGGGGGGGGAGGAGGAGAUUAGGGCCCUAAUGCAAUGUAGUGGAUAAUGUGCAAUAGGAUUUGCCUGGGCAAAAUGAAAUUUGUUGGCUGUAAGGAGGUUUGAGCAGGGAGGUUAUGUAGCGGGAGAGUGUGCAAGGUGUGCGUGUGUGGAAAUAGAGAUUGCGUUUACAGAGUUGGCCUUUACCCAUGAUGCAAUGGAUACCCAAGAUUAAACUCGAAAGGAGGGAUGGUUGCGGUAGAUCGCUUGAGCUUGAGUGGUGGUAACAUUUUGUUAAAUAAAUAAUGACAGUACCUCCUGAAAUUCAGCAUGAUCUCAGGGUAUACGUUUAUGCAUUCUGUGAGAAGACGUUUAUGUAGCAUUUUUGGGAAGGAGUCUCCAGUCUCAGUGCUUUCAGAGGUAAAGCUGUAACUACAUUUUUUUUUUUUUUUUUAUAAUGGGAUAGUAUGUAUUUCCUACAAGAGAACAUUAUACGUUUAUACGAUGUAAGUGAGAACAGGAACUAACUUGUUUCCACAAUGUUAAAUGUAACUAUAAAUGGAUAAAUAAAUAAAAAACGCACCGUGUCUUUCUUUAAUAAAUAAAAAUGGUUGGGAAAUUACUGUGGUAUAAAUGGAUAUGCACUUUGUGAUGUGCCGGUAAUUGGGUCACAUGACACCACCCCACUACUAUCGUUGAUUAUUUUCAUAUAAGAGCGUACCCCGAGUGUUUUAUUCCUUGCCUACAAAAUGACCGGAAUUUACUCGGAAGGAAUACAAAUCCCAAUGUCAUCCCUCAAGGUAGGUUUCCACUAUAUUUCUCCAAGACACGUGAAACCACUUCACUUUUUUAACCCUGAUAUGCAUAGGCCAGCUGAACAUGCUAGGAGGAGAGCACUAACUGCCCUAUUUUGCUUUUCAUGAACAGAAAGAUCCUCAUGCACGGCUUGUAUUUCUGCUACUCAACAAGACGAGAAGGCAAAUAAGGCCAUCCUUCCCACCCUGAAAUCUAAGCCAAUUAUACACUUUUGGAUACGUGGAAGUCCGAACGCCGGUGUGUCUCAAAUAGUACUUCACACGGCAAUUUGAGAGUUUUUCAGCUCCCCAUGAAGCCAGAUCCGUUUGACAACUCUGGAAGAAAAACCA